AUGUAUUUAUUGUUCGUUGAUUUGGUGUUAUCGUCAGUGUUUCGAAGUUUUGUUUUGGCUGACCGAAUAAUGUGCGAUAAUCACUGUCACGUGGUCUCACAACCUGCGAUACCAUCCGUACACGGACAUCCGUUGUGGAGUGCAUGGGACUACACCAUAGAUCUCUGCCUUAGUCAGAUGCAAGAUUUCUCACUUCAAAGAGAGAAAUUUUGGGUGAUCGAAAGGGAUAUUUAUUUUUCACGCUCAUCAGUUCGCCAUGAAAUGCUAAUCGAUGUGAGGCCAGAGGUGAAGCCUGCGGAUGAUUUCGAGUACAGUCAUAAUUGGUUUUUCAUGGAGCAGCUGCAGGCAUUCGAAGUUUGGCUGAAGUAUGGUGGUGAGCAGAAGCAGGCUCCUCAGCAACUUCCUGUUCUUUUGCAAGUACUUUUAAGUCAGGUCGUGGAGUAUUUAUCACAAUAUAUUGUACAUCGAGUGAAGGCGCUGGAAUUGCUGGCACGCUUCCUGGAUCUCGGUUCAUGGGCUGUGGCACAGUCUCUUUCGAUUGGCGUCUUCCCCUAUAUACUUAAGCUCUUGCAAAGUGCAACAAAGGAGCUGCGACCUUGGCUGGCUUUCAUUUGGGCAAAAGUACUUGCCGUCGAAUCAACCUGCCAAGAGGAUCUUAUCAAAGACAAAGAACGCGGAUACAUGUAUUUUUUGCAAAUUCUGAACGAUCCGCAUACAAAUCCGCGACAAAAAAUUGUGCCCGCAUUUGUGAUGGCUGCUGUGAUCCAAAAUAAUUACAGGCCAGCACAAGAAGUGCUUACUGAGAACCGAUAUGUCACACUGUGCAUUGAGCUUUUGUCGGACACAGCACUGGGCCAGUGCAGGCUUUUACGACUGUGGUUGCUUAUUGGUCUUGGCCGACUUUGGGCCGAUUAUGAUACUGCCAGGUGGCAAGCUAUUCGGUUGGCAGCUUACGAAAGGGUAUUUUUUUUUAUUAAUUGUGAAAAUUGGGUGGAUGAGGAAGAGGGUGAGAGGAGAAAGGGGAAGGAGGAGGGGUGA